AUGGGAGGAGAUGUGGUGAAUGGAGAUAGUGCUCCUUUACAUUUAUCGAAGACUGAUUCCCCCAUGCAGAGGUUACAUGAUAUCGUCUCCCAUAAUGCUGGAAAAGUUGAAAGUCAUUUGGAGGAUAAAGAGGAUUGUCAAAUUAAUGAGGAUGAUCUGGAGGAGUCUGUUGAAUCAGUGCAGACACAACAAGCUUUUCACAGACUUCAAAUGCUACAUAGAUAUCACAGGUUUAUGUUAGUUUCUUUAAUGGAGCCUUUUCAACAUGUUAGAAAGAUUCAAAAAUACAAAAGGAGGUUAGGGAUGCAUCAGGAUGGUGCAAAUUGUAGUGGAAAGAUUUGGUUCUUUGUAGAGGAGAAUGUAGAUGUGGAAAUUCUAUAUGAUACUGCACAGCAGGUCACCUUGAAACUGUUUCUUCAAAAGCACAAUAGAUAUCUUAUAACAACCAUGGUUUAUGCUAAAUGUGAUGAAGUAGAAAGAAUGCCUCUUUGGGAUAGUAUUUAUCAGUUAGUUGGCUCCUAUGACAUGCCUUGGCUGGUAGGGGGAGAUUUUAAUGUAGUGAUGAAUAAAGAGGAGAAAAUAGGUGGAGUUCCUGUGGUCCCUCAGAACUUUGAGGAUUUUGCCUUUUGUAUCAACUCAUGUGAUUUAUUUGAAACAUGUCUUAAAGGUAGCCCUUUUACAUGGUGGAAUGGCAGGGCUGGAGAUGAUUGUAUAUUUGAAAGAUUGGACAGAAUCUUCUUUAACUCACGGUUUCAACAAUGGUUUGGUCACAUUGUAGUGGAGCAUUUAUCCAAGACCGAAUCUGAUCAUGCUCCACUUCUUAUCACUUCGGGUGAGGAAGUUCAGACUUUCAUAAAACCAUUCAAGUUUUUGAAAUUUUGGACUGAGCAUAAAGAUUUCUUGGACAUAGUAAAGCUGAAUUGGUCUGUGGAGAGUGUUGGCAAUCCUUUUUUUUUGGUUUUUAAACAGAAGAUCAAGAUAGUAAAAAGGGCUCUAUCUGCUUGGAGUAGACUGGCUUUUGAAGAUAUCUUCAAACAACUUAUCAUCAGGGAAGAUAUAGUGAGAAUUAAGGAACAACUGUUUGAAGAGGAUCCUUCUGCAGAAAAUAGAAUAGUCUUGCAGCUUGCUCAGGCUGAAAUGAAGAAGAGAAAAAGGUUAGAGGUGAAUAGAAUUCAAAUAUCUAAUGGUGAGUGGAUAGAAGAUAAGGAGCAGCUUGUAGCAGAAGCAGUUAACUUCUUUCAACAACAAUUCUCUCAAGAGGAGGAGGCUCUAGAUUUCGGCAUGUUAAAGCAUAUUCCACAGAUGCUCUCUUCUGAAAGCAAUGAUUUGCUUUGUGCACUUCCAUCCCCAAAAGAAGUAAAGAAUGUUAUCUUUGAACUUAAAGGAGAGACUACUUGUGGUCCUGAUGGAUUAUCAGGAACUUUCUUUCAUUUAUGUUGGGACAUUGUAGGAAUGGAUGUAUUCAGAAUGGUUCAGGCUUUCUAUGAAGGUCAUACUCUCCCAAAAUCACUAACUAAUACUAAUUUGGUGUUGAUCCCUAAGAAAUCAGAAGUUCACACUUUUGGGGAUCUCUGA